AUUAUUGUCGAGUGUACAAGUUCCCUUGGUUACUUAUAAUCACAACAUCCUCAACAUCGACGAGCUCCACUUUGUUUGUUCGAUGAUACUCGUUGUUCCACUUCAGAAAAAAAUGCUAAUUUUUCCCGGAAAAUUACUAAAAUUAGUUAACAAUAAAACAUUGACGUCAAUCUAUAAAUUGUGAUCAUUGUAAUAUAGUGAUUAAAAGAAAAUAUAGAAAAAAAGCAAAUUCUUCCUUCUAAAAAAAUUAAUUAUUAAUUAUUAAUUAAUUAAUUAUUAAAUAAAUAGUAAGAAAAAUGAGUAAAUUUAAUUGUAAAUACUGCCUGAGUUUAUUUAUUCUAAUUCUUUUUGAAAUUCCACAUGGGGGCAAAGCUUUGGAUUGCUUUCAUUGUGUUUCAAUUGGAGGUGAUAACAAACCCUGUGAUGACCCAUUUCAUAAUAAUGGAAGUUUGGAAUUUCUAGAGUCCCCUUGUUUAGGGGGUCGUAAAAAUCGAGAUGGUCUCUUCCCUGCAACCGCUUGUGUAAAAAUAGCGGGAAUUUACUACGACUCUGGUGUGUCAUUAACAAUUAGAAGUUGCGCUUUAGACAGUGGUACAUUGACGACAGAUUCCGAAUUGAUACGAAUGUCCCACUGUGGAUCAUUUUAUUUUGAUAAUAAAUACGUUAAAGGUUGCGUUCAAUCGUGUAGUGAUGCUGACGCUUGCAAUCAAUCUACUCGAAAUUUAAAACCAACAAUUCUUCUUUUAAUAUCCUUCCUCACUCUAAAAUAUUUCUAAAUUAAAUCUCUUUAGUCAUAAUAUAAAAAGAAAAAAAUUCUUUUUCUUAUAUAUUAAUGAACACCAAUUUUUAAUCUUACUGUGAUC